AGCAGACAGACGGAGUUCUUUUAAUCCUUCUGUCUUUUCUUCCCCAUCUCUCUAAAACUCUUCUUUAAGGGAGGAACAGCUAUAGCUUUGGGGAUAAUAUAGCUUUAAGGCAACUUUUGGCAAAUGUUAACGUCCUAACAUCUGGGCAGUGUUAACAGAAUCCCGGAGGCCCAGACAGACCAGGAGCCACUCGUUCUAGGAAUGUUAAAGUAGAAGUUUGUUGUUUUUUUUUCCCCCCCUCGGCUGAUGAGAGGAGCAGAAAGGAAAGAGAAAGAGGAGGAGAGAGAAAGAACACAAAAAAACUAUAACACAGAUCCCAUACAUCUGCUUCUUCUCACUUUUGGAAGCUCAUAGGUGGCUGACUUCUGAAAGCAUUUUCCUUUAUCUGGGUACUUUGGGCUACAUACCCUUAUUUUUUAUUUCCCUAAUCCUCCCUUUCAAGGAUGGUUGGUCAACUAAUUCAAAGAGGAGCUAUCUCUCUGCUGCUCUUCCUAACUCCAGCAGUGACACCAACAUGGUAUGCAGGCUCAGGCUACUAUCCAGAUGAAAGCUACAAUGAAGUCUAUGCAGAAGAGGUCCCACGGGCUCCUGCCCUAGACUACAGAGUCCCCCGAUGGUGUUACACAUUAAAUAUCCAGGAUGGAGAAGCCACAUGCUACUCACCAAGGGGAGGAAAUUAUCACAGUAGCCUAGGUACUCGUUGCGAGCUCUCCUGUGAUCGUGGCUUUCGACUGAUUGGACGGAGAUCAGUGCAAUGCCUGCCAAAUCGCCGUUGGUCUGGAACUGCCUACUGCAGGCAGAUGAGAUGUCAUGCACUGCCAUUCAUCGCUAGUGGCACCUACAGCUGCACAAAUGGAGUGCUUCUUGACUCCCGCUGUGACUAUAGUUGUUCUAGUGGCUACCACCUAGAAGGUGACCGCAGCCGAAUCUGCAUGGAAGAUGGGCGAUGGAGUGGAGGCGAGCCUGUAUGUGUAGACAUAGAUCCUCCCAAGAUCCAUUGUCCCCACUCACGUGAGAAGAUAGCAGAGCCAGAGAAACUGACUGCUAGAGUCUACUGGGACCCACCAGUGGUGAAAGAUUCUGCUGAUGGUACCAUCACCAGGGUAACACUUCGGGGCCCAGAGCCUGGUUCUCACUUUCCUGAAGGAGAGUAUGUGAUUCGUUACACCGCCUAUGACCGAGCUUAUAACCGGGCCAGCUGCAAGUUCAUUGUGAAAGUACAAGUGAGACGCUGCCCAGUUCUGAAACCACCGCAGCAUGGCUACCUCACCUGCACCUCAGCAGGCGACAACUAUGGUGCCACCUGUGAAUACCACUGUGAUGGUGGUUAUGAGCGCCAGGGAACCCCCUCCCGGGUCUGCCAGUCCAGUCGUCAGUGGUCAGGAUCACCACCUAUCUGUACUCCCAUGAAGAUUAAUGUCAAUGUCAACUCAGCUGCUGGCCUCCUGGAUCAGUUCUAUGAGAAACAGCGACUCCUGAUCAUCUCAGCUCCUGAUCCCUCCAACCGAUAUUAUAAAAUGCAAAUCUCUAUGCUACAGCAAUCCACCUGUGGACUGGACCUGCGGCAUGUGACCAUCAUUGAGCUGGUGGGGCAGCCACCUCAGGAGGUGGGGCGCAUCCGGGAGCAACAGCUGUCAGCCAGCAUCAUCGAGGAGCUCAGGCAAUUUCAGCGCCUUACUCGCUCCUACUUCAAUAUGGUGUUGAUUGACAAGCAGGGUAUUGAUCGGGAACGCUACAUGGAACCUGUAACCCCUGAGGAAAUCUUCACAUUCAUUGAUGACUACUUGCUCAGCAACCAGGAACUGAUCCAGCGCCGGGAGCAAAGGGAUGUCUGCGAGUGAACUUGAACCAGGGCAAGGUUGAUGUCAAGGGAAAAUUCCCCUAGUUAGCUGAAACUGAGGCCUAAUAAAAGAAAGAAAUUGUUUCCCACAGUUCUAGGGACAGGACUCUGAGGUGAGUGAGGUUUGCCAAUCCAGAGAUAUUUCUAGACAUCAUUUUAGGACUGUGCCAUAGUUUCCCUAAGCAAGUCUAUGAUUCAAUUAGCACUGGAGGAGACUCCAAAGCUAAGCAGGGACUGAGUACAGGCUUUGAGCAGUGCAUUGGGGGUAGGAAGUCUUCAUUUCCUAAUCCGGGCCUCUGCCCUGCUCUCCAAAGUCUUUCAGAUAAGUAAAUUCUAAAUUGAUUCACUUACCAGUUGUGUUUUAAAUGCUUUCUAUACCCUGAGGUGA